UCCCCUGCGUCGUGACGCACGGCGCGGUGACGUAGGACGCUCACCGCUCUCUACUUGCUGGCUCCAGUCUCCCGGAGAGAAGGGUCCGUUGUUGGUCGUCAUGGUUCCUCCGGUACAGGUCUCGCCCGUCAUCAAGAUGGCUAGGUACUCGGCAUUGCUGGUUGGCAUCAUCUAUGGGAAGAAGCGAUAUGAUUAUCUAAAGCCUGUUGCUGAAGAGGAGAGGAGAAUAGAGGCUGAAGAGAAAAAGAAACGAGAGGAACUUGAACGCAUUGCAAAACAGUUGGCAGAAGCUAAUGAAGACACUAUUCUGAAAUGAUGACCAUUUUUAAAAGUACAGAUGAAGAAUCUGCAUGUUGCCCUUACGGUUUGCUAGUACGGACUUAUCAGAUGUAUCUAUUCAACACACAAUUUGGGGUGUUUUUUCAAUGAGAGACAAUAAAUAUUAUUUGAACAAUAUAA